AUGAUUCCAUUUCUCACUUCCAGUAGUAGGAGUAGCACACAGGACCAGACGCACUCCGUCUCCAGCCCAACCGCAGUCUCAGUCACCACCAGCAUCCCAUCCAAGAACCACACCGGCACACGACUCCCAACCUCACUCAGCUCACUCAAGUCUCUGCUCGAACCAUUCAACUCAACCCCACAGGAACAUGAAGAACUCAACAAUCAACAAAAAACUACUACUACUACUACCAACGAACAGCCAACCCCAUCACCACUCAACAACCAGAACCACUCCCACUCCCACUCCCACUCCCACUCCACUCAACCACCCACCUCCGACGAAAUCACCACCGAAGCACUCCAGACAGGCGGGCCAGAUGCAAAACUCACUCAAGCAAACCCUCACCCCACUAGAUAUAGCCCAGCAGCUCGUCUACCCGGUACUAAUCGAAUCGGCAUCGACCUCGGCCAACGUCCUGCUUCUCCUCAAAUCGGAGUACGGAACGCAUGGCAGUACCUACCCUUCCUGACAAAACAAGCCACCAACAUCGCCAGCUCAUUUCUAUCUCAUCACCUCAACGGGCCCCCCAAAAAGUCAUGGGGGAUCGAAAUGACCAUCUUCACCGCGAUCGUGCGAGAGAUGGCCAACUACACUCAUCUCUCAUCCAUCCAUCAACUGCGCACCAUCAUGGACUUUGGCCAGAUCUUACCCACCCCAAAGGACGGCAUCAUCACCCCCGUCUCAUUCAAAGUCAAACCUAACCAUCUCACCGGAUUCUUGAAAGAAUUGGACCAGGCUGAAACGGGUAACAGAAUCCUCACAGGCGAAUGGGUCCUCAGUAAGAAAACUUGGAAGAGGAUGCAAACCGAGAGUCUGGCUAGACGUGCUCACAAUCCUGACUUCAACGACAAUGGUGAUGAGUUUGCUCACUCUGUCAAAAUGUCACCCUCCCCAAGCCAUCAACACGGUCUCGGUCAAGAUAAGGUGAUCUACUACAUCCACGGUGGUGCUUAUUUCAUCAUGAGCGCCUCCACUCAUCGUCCACUCACCAUCUCGAUUGCUAAAUACACAGAAUGUCGUCUAUUCGCAGCUAUCAAUUACAGACUAGCUCCGGAGACUAAGUUCCCCGGCCCACUACACGAUACAGUAGCAGGCUACUUCCGAUUACUCAACGACCUCUGCAUACCUGCCCAGAAUAUAGUCCUUUCAGGUGACAGUGCUGGCGGCGGUCUGGUGAUGGCUUUAUUGAUGUAUUUGAGAGAUGAAGGGUAUCCCUUGCCGUCAGCGGCAAUGGUCUUCAGUCCCUGGUGCGAUUUGACAAUGAGCUGUGAUAGCUGGGAAACCAACCAGGUCAGUAACUUGCUGGAAACCUAUUUAUUACCAUAUGACUUCUUACCCAUGCCUAAACCAGAUGACCCGUUAAAUCCGGUCAAGUGUUACUUGGGAGACGAUGGAAUCAAGAAAUGGAUUACUCAUCCCUACGCCUCUCCGUUAUUCGGUGACAUGCACGGCCUACCACCACUCUUAAUACAAGCUGGAGACGCCGAAGUCCUGCGAGAUGAGAUCACCCUGUUGGCUCACAAGGCCUCCCUACAUGGGGUGAAAGUGAUACACGAGAUUUACGAAGACUGCGUGCAUGUCUUCCAAGCGUUCUUGUUUUUGGAAUCGAGUACCAAAGCCUUACAAUCCAUGCGAAACUACAUUCGACACGUUCUGCCCAAGAUGGAGCGACAGUCAUCAUCAGAUCAUCCCCUCAAUCCUGCUGCUGCUGAAGACACCUACAGACCACCAACACGCGCCCCGAGCGACGAUGACCAGUUUAUCUACGCGAUUGGCGAUCCUAACCAAGGCGCCGUUGAUCGGGAGAUCUCCAGGGACGCCCACUUGGUCGAUGACAUGAGCCAGCCGAUUAAGGAAACCCUACCACCCACCCCAGCGGUGCCAAACCUACUCGGAUCAGCAGAUGACGAAGUGUCCGAUGGCGAAGAGGUAUUAUCAGGAGAUGAUGACUCUGAUGGGGAAGAUGAAGUUUUGGAUGCAUCCGCCACACCCGCCAGCCCGUCGGCAGUGCCUGAACAGGAACAGCCAACCGAUUCACCCGCAUCCCGCGUGGAUAGUCGGCCCGACUCCUUAUCGCUAGACAUUGGUCGCUCGGCUUCUAGUGUCAGUUUAUCCCGCUUAUCAGAGAACCGGAAAUCGGGUCUCUCCCUGCGAGGCCGUCUUCCCCCGGCGAUGGACAUCGAGACGAUCCAGAACCUCAUCAUGCAAACGCCGCUCCAAGAGGUUCCACCGCCGGAGGCUGGCGGAGCUGGUGAAUCCAGUGGCUAUCGCUCGCCGACGAGUUUGAAGGAAGAUCUCCGUCGACUCAGCGUUGGCACCUCGGCCUGCUCUUCUCCCAGACGGACUUCCUUACAGCCUGCACCCAUGCUACCCAUUCACUCCAACGCAAGCUCUCGGGUCUCGAUCCACUCCCCCUCCGAGCAGGCUUCUUCGCCGGGGAGCCAACAUCAUCAACCUGCGCGGACCCCCGGGGGCCACCAGUCGGUCGGGCGGCCGACGCAUUCACGCAAAUACACGGCCUCCAAUGUGGCCCUGCUCACCCCGAUGGUCCGGACGCACCACGACCCCUCCGGGUCGGGCACGGUGAAUGCGGACCUGCAAGCUAUCUUCCACCAGCUGAUCACGACGCCGUCGGAGCUGCGGACGACGGUGUACACGCAGGGGGAUGACGAAGACGACGAGCAGGAGAAGGCCUCAGAGGCCAAUGGCGAGUACUUCCGCCCCGCUAAUAAUCCGGGCCCCAGCCAUCAUCAUCAUCAUCAUCAUCAUCAUCAUCGCCACCAGCGGCUCCCUAGCUCCACCAACACCCUCACCCCCGGUCACCAUGCCUCCUCCUCCUCCUCCUCCGUCAGCCCCAGCCGCCACAGCAGCCGCGCCAGUCCUGUCGACGAUCCCAACACCCUCAUCGACCAGAACCAACUCGUCGAAGACCCACCCCCGCCCUCUCCCGAAUUCGCGUUCCAGACCCCCGGCUACGGCUUCUCGUAA